CUUUAAACUAAACACAUAUGCCUGAUCCAGGUAGAGUGAGUGUCCCCAUCCAUGUCGAACUGGACAAGUGGACUUUUCGCCUAGACUAGUAAAAGCACUCAUGCCAUCAUCAAUCAGCAGCAACAGCAGCAGCAGCAGCAGCAACAGUAGUGGCAGUGGCAGUGAUCUCUUGUCAUCAUACGAUUCUGGAAGUACCUCCGAAUGCGACCUUGACAAUUCCCAUUGGAGUCUGUUUCCUUUCUACUACUGCGAUCGACUGCAAACGCAAUCCCUUACUGAGCAAAACCACUACACUCGGCCAGGCCAAGCCCACUGGCUACACUAGGAUUGCAGAUGUGAUCCUUAAAUCAAACCUUGGCUUGGAAGAGGCCCACCUGAUUUCUGACAGAUCCAGUCUCGCUCUCUCUGCCUCUUAUGGCGGAGUAUAUUUCCAGGGUACAUGCAGGUACGCAGUCAGCAUGGACGU